AUGGACUCUGCCGAUGACCCAGAAUCUAUUGUUCCGACAAAGGCUGAUCAUCUAUUCUAUCUAGAGCUUCGAAGGGCGUUGACGAAGCUAAGCUACUACCACCGCCCGGGAAGAGAGCGCCUAUUUUCUUGCACCGUUGGCGACGUCAUUGAGAAGACUGCAGACGUGCGGGGGGACAGUUUGGCGAUCGUGUCCACUCACCAGUCCAUCAGGAAGACCUACGCCGAGUAUAAAAAGGAUAUUGACCUCUUCGCAGCCGCCUUGAUAUCGCUGAAAUUGGGCAUUGGCUCCAGAAUAGCAAUCAUUGCGCCUAACAUGUACGAAUGGGCCGUCGUGCUGUUUGCAGCUGCCAAGGCAGGAUUGGUCUUGGUCAACGUUAACACAACCUACCAAAUUCAUGAACUGGAACACUGCCUGAAUCACACUGACUGCAAAGUCGUGAUAGUGUCGGAGCAGUUUUCGAAGCAGGACUACUACACCCUACUUCUUAAGCUGGCACCCGAGCUAGCAUCGAGCCGUUUCGGUCAUCUCAAGAGCGCAAGGCUACCCAGCUUGAAGCACGUCAUAAGCAUCGGAGAAACGACAAAACCGGGCACGGUUAGGUUCGUCGAUCUGAUGGAGUCUGUUACGAACGAACAUCUCCGUGCCCUGCGUUGCACUUCCUCCAAGUUGCAGAUGGACGACGCUGUCAACCUACAGUUCACAUCAGGUACUACUGGAAAGCCGAAGGCGGCACAGCUGUCCCACUUCAACGUGGUAAACAAUGCCUACCUUGUAGGCCGGAGGCUCGAGUUACACAAGCAGGAAGAAGUGAUUUGCCUGAACGUUCCGUUAAUCCAUUGCUUCGGCUGCAUAGCCGGUACGAUUUCGGCGGCCAUUUUCGGGUCCACGGCUGUGAUGCCGGCGCCGAGCUUCAACGCAGCUGCUGCGUUGAAGUGCAUUGCAGCGGAAAAGUGCACUUUCGUCUACGGUACUCCGACCAUGUACAUUGACAUGCUUCAUCACGUGGAGCACGGCUGUUACGACGUUUCCUCCAUUCGAACAGCUGUCGUGUCUGGCGCACCGUGUCCAAACCACUUGACAAAAGACAUCAUGAAAAAGCUCAACGCGAAACGCAUCCACGUUUUGUAUGGAACAACAGAAACAAGCCCUAUGAUUGCAGCGAAUGACCCUAAUGAACCUGUAGAUCAGUGGAUAACGUCGGUGGGAAGACCGUUGGACCACGUUGAGGUAAAGAUCGUCGACGAUAAAAACAGGAUUGUUCCUACCAAUGAGAGAGGCGAGCUCUGUGUCCGAGGGUACACGGUGUUCAUGGGCUACUUCAAGGAGGACAAGAAGACAAAAGAAGCCAUACGCAAUGGCUGGUAUCACACUGGGGACGGCGCCAUGAUGACUGAAGACGGCCGGGUGUCCAUCCUGGGUCGCAUGAGGGACGUUAUCGUGCGCGGCGACGAGCACGUCUAUCCGCAGGAGGUCGAGCACUUCCUCUACACCCAUCCCGCCGUCCAGGAAGUGCAGGUGGUUGGUGUCCCAGACGAAGGACAGAGAGAAGAAGUAUGUGCUUGGAUAAAACUGAAGCCCGGAUUUAGUCUGAGUCAAGAAGACAUCAAAAAAUUUUGCAAGAGAAAGAUGAGUCACUACAAGAUUCCGAGAUAUGUGCUGUUUGUGAGCGAGUUUCCCAAGACCGUGUCCGGAAAGGUACAGAAGCACGUCAUGAAAGAAGAGAGCCAGAAGAUACUCCACUUAUGACGUCCUGCGUAAUAUUCACUGUACAGUAAGAAUUGUGAAAUAUUACGUUAGUGUGUUAGUAGCAGAAUAUGUAAAUAGUAUCGCUCUUCUGUGUGCGUAGUUUCUAGGCCUAAAUUAGGAAAAUGUUAGAAAAAAUUUUCAUGCUAACAAUCCUACUUUUACAACCAGUAAAGCUGAUGCCACGGGAUAAAAGCAAAUCAGAAUUAAGAUACGCGAAAGACGCCCAUAUGGGCUCGAGGCAUACCCAAAAAUAAAUCUUAGUGGUCUCCUA